UUUUCCAGGGAGGCGACCAUCCAAACUUCGAAGAGAUCCCGUUAGGGAAGCGACUCCGAGAAGCGAGACUGACUGAUCAUAUCGACUGACAAAGAUAUAGCAGUUUGUAGUAGACAGAACGGGCUGAAGAUGACUCGUCACUUUGCGCUUGUCCUGGCUCUAGCACUCCUGACUUGGGGCGUCCAUUCAGAGCCCGUGUCUAACGUGGGCCAACAGGGCAAAGGACUGCCGCUGGAGGGGGCCAUAUCCAAACUUGAGGAAAAGGAGCUUCUCUUGAAGGAACUUGAAGAGUUAGCUAAAGAAGAAGUCAUGACCGACGGCAGCGAUGGUACCAACAGCGUCGAUUACAACAUGCCUGAACUGGCAGAGAAGACGACAUCUGUACCGCUCGAACCCAUGUAUCCAGACGACCAACCGGCAGACGAAGAUGAGCCAUUAUCCAACCUUCAGGAAGCGAAGAUUCUCUUGAGAGAACUGAAAGGUAUGGGGAAAGCGAAGGUCAAAUUCAAUAUUGCUCCCCUUGCGGCUUUCUAA